CUCUUUAGCCCCCUCGUCGACGAGUCGUUUAAUUUUACAACUGUAGCUCGACGUUUUCAGACAAAAUCAAAUACUUGGUGUCUAUGUGGUUUAAUUUUUUUAUUUUUUUGGCUUUUAAUUGCUGAUUUUUGGACUCGGGAACUUGGGUGAGUGAUUACUUUGGGUCCGGAUGACCGGUCGCGGGUGACAGUGAUUUUCCAGUGCGUAGUUGACGUCUGUAUUUACGCGCGGUCUAGAUACGGCUUUUUAAAGGUUCGUUUUAUUUUUAUGAAAUAUAAUAAAGCUGUUUUUUUUCUUUAGAUUUUAAUAAAGAGUGGAAAAAGUUAUUACACAUGUACAUGCAUAGUAAUUUAUUUAUUUAAGUGAAAGUGACGUAAAAAAAAUGUAAAAAAUGACUAAAGAUUGAACUGGCAAAGAUAUGACCGGUAGUCGUCAUAAUAAUCGUGGUCGAAGUGUGCCGAGCUGUAAAGGUAUCAAAGAUGCUUCGAUCACACCCAAUACAACUGCCAGCGGGACUGGGACAGCAACAACAACCGGCAGUGCAACAACUAGUGACAGAGGUAAACACACAGUUCACUGGUUCAGAAAAGGACUCAGACUACAUGACAAUCCCUCGCUGAGGGAGGGUCUCAGUGGUGCAAAUACCUUCCGAUGCGUUUUUGUCAUCGAUCCUUGGUCAGCUGGAAGUAAAAGUAUCGGCAUCAACAAGUGGAGAUUUCUUCUCCAGUGUCUCGAAGAUCUCGAUGCGUCACUCAGAAAAUUGAACUCGCGGUUAUUUGUAAUUCGCGGACAGCCGGCAGACGUGUUGCCGAAGAUAUUCCGCGAAUGGGGCACCACUAAUCUCACCUUCGAGGAAGACCCGGAACCAUUUGGCCGUGCGAGGGACCACAAUAUCACUACCCUGUGCAAAGAACUUGGGAUCUCUGUUCUGCAAAUGGUUUCUCAUACGCUUUAUAAAUUAGAUGAAAUUUUAGACAGAAAUGGGGGAAAGCCGCCAUUGACUUAUCAUCAGUUUCAAAGUAUAGUCGCGGAAAUGGACCCGCCGAUUUUUCCAGUCCCGUCGAUAACGGCCGAGAGUCUUGGCGACGCUUACACACCUCUCAGAGAUGACCAUGACGACUUAUACGGAGUUCCGACCCUUGAAGAACUCGGAUUCGAUACAGAAGGUCUUCAGUCAUCGGUCUGGGUCGGCGGUGAAAGUGAAGCAUUAGCACGUCUAGAACGUCAUCUAGGUCGUAAAGCAUGGGUCGCUAGCUUUGGAAGACCCAAAAUGACACCGCAGUCUCUAUUACCCAAUCAAACAAGUUUAUCACCUUAUUUACGAUUUGGUUGUCUCAGCACCAGACUUUUUUACUACCAGCUUAGAGAUUUAUAUCGAAAGAUAAAAAAGGCGUCGCCACCGCUGUCAUUACACGGGCAAUUGCUGUGGCGGGAAUUUUUUUACUGCGCGGCAACUAAAAAUCCAAAUUUUGAUCGGAUGCAAGGCAACCCGAUUUGUUUGCAAAUUCCCUGGGAUAAAAAUAAUGAAGCUUUGGCCAAAUGGGCAAAUGGUCAAACAGGAUUUCCGUGGAUAGACGCAAUAAUGACGCAAUUGCGUGAGGAGGGUUGGAUUCAUCAUCUUGCUCGUCAUGCAGUCGCUUGUUUUUUGACAAGGGGCGAUCUCUGGAUCUCCUGGGAAGAAGGGAUGAAGAUAUUCGACCAACUAUUACUCGACGCCGAUUGGUCUGUCAAUGCCGGCAUGUGGAUGUGGCUCUCAUGCAGUUCAUUUUUCCAACAAUUUUUUCACUGCUACUGCCCAGUGCGCUUUGGCCGCAAAGCCGAUCCAAAUGGUGAUUACAUCAGACGAUAUUUACCAGUACUGAAAAAUUACCCAACCCGUUACAUCCACGAGCCAUGGGUGGCGCCUCUAUGCGUCCAGCGGUCUGCUAAAUGUAUAAUAGGACGCGACUACCCAUUGCCGAUGGUGAACCAUAGCAAAAGCUCACGUAUCAACAUUGAACGUAUGAAACAAGUGUAUCAACAACUCAGCAAGUACCGCGACAACGGAGUCAUCGCUAACGGGGAAACAAUAGGUCUGAUGAGGAUCAUAGGGCACACAUCAAAGACCAAUGAGGAACAAGAGGUGACAAAAAGAAAGUCUUCAUCUCCUCAUCCUUCUGCGAUUGCUGAUGAACAAAAAAUGAUUACUAAUUCUUUUGAAGCUAAUAUUUCUACACAUAAUUAAAUUAUAAAAAAUAUAUAUAGACUAUUAAUUAAGCGACUACUGUUAUUAUUAUUAAUAUGAUUACUCCGUAAAAUUAAAAAAAAAUUUUAAACUUAAAUAACUUAUAAAAUAUUGAGUCUACAGAAAAAUAUAUAGAAUACUUUUUUUUAGCAAAUUUAAUUCUCUAUAAAUUUGUUUCUAUACAAUUUUACCGUAUCUUUGAUAGAUAAUUUGUAAUUUGAAUUUUUAAAUAUUCAGUUCAUAAAUAAAUAAAAAACUCUACUCCCAUUAGUGUUCUAGUGUUUAAACUUAAAUUCUGACUAAACUAUCAAAGAUACGGCAAAUAUGUAUCAGUACAAUUUUAUAGGAAAUUAAAUUCUCUACAAAAAAGUAUCAGGUAAAUUUUUCCGUAAACUCAAUUGUUUAGACACAAUUUAAAUUAAAAGACAACUAUACAGAAUCGAGGACUCGUUUUUUAAUUUUAGCGGAUAACUUAAACUUGAAAUAAAUUCUACCACUGCUACAAUUAUUUUUUUUAUAAAUAUAAAUGAUAAGAUUCCUCAAGUGCUUCUCGACAGUCAUUAAAAUUUUUCUAUAUAAUAUAUUUUUCUCUCUUUAGUAAUUUUUAAAAAUAUUUUAAUACAAGCAAAGGCUUUUAUAAAGCCCACAGUUAAGCCGCAAAUUAAAUUGCAUGUCGUAGUACUUUCUUCAGUAGCAUUUAUAUUAAUUAUUAAAAAAUUUUUUAAAUACUUUUUUUAAUGAACUUUUAGUAUAUUUACUCUAUUUAUAAUUAUUAUUAUAUUAUAUACAAACUCGAUACAAGAUUUCCUUCAAUAUCAUGAUAAAAAAAUUAAAUUACUGCAGUUAAUUAUUCAGCGGAAGUGAGAAGUCUGAUAUUUUCUUUUGCAUCAUACAUAAAAAUUUUAAACCAUCCCACUUCCGGUCACUGUAAUUUCAUAAAAUAAAAACUAAAAAAUUUUUAUCGUCUCAUAAACUUCAUAAAAACAAACGUCAUAUAUUUAUUUAGAUUUUUAAAAAAAUAUGUAAUUAAAAAUAUGAAAAAAAUACACAUAUUUUUAUAAAAUAUCAAGUAUUAUAAAUGUACUAUUUAAUUAAUAAAAAUUUUUAUAAAAUAAAUAUCAAAUUUUUUAUGAUACUGAAUUUA